CUUCUCCUUCUUCUUCUCACUUACUCUCUUUUUUCUUUAAAAGCCUCUUACCUCUCUUUCUUUCUCGCUCUCUCUCUCUCUCUUUUCCAACUUGCUGGCAAUUUCUUUCCCUCUUCUUCUCGUCUACUCUGAAUCCAUUACCAUUUCCUUGACAAUACACCUCUUUUAUACUACUUCAUCUUUCCAAAUCAUCAUAAAUCAUGGCCGAUCUUAACUGGUGCACGUACUGUGAUAAUGCCAUUAGCGCAUUCUCUGACUCCCUCUAUUGCAGCGAACAAUGUCUACGCGCCGAUGCGUUACGCAACCAUCCACUACUCGGAUACAAUUACGAAGAAUUCGUUGAUUUUCCACGUCCUUAUCCGUCAUCAAACAAACGACCAUCGUGUAUUUCAUCGACAUCCUCGCCUUCGCUGUCUCCAACCUUGACAGCUACUACCGCAAGCACUUCCUCGUGUGCAUCAUCGCUGCGAUCCGCAACGACAACUGAACUACCACAGCCUCCCAAGUUAGAUUUAAGUCGGACGAUGCACGAUCCGAAUCAGAAAAACCUAAAUCCACACCACCAUCAUCUGGCAACACAGCAAGUUGCCACAAAUAACAGCAAUAUCGUUACCAGCAUGAUCUUUCAUCAUCGAUGAACAAGGCAUCUAGGCACGCCUCUAUCUUCCUCUCCCGCACUCAUAUACACGCACGAACUGGCCUUAUUCCACGAGCAAAAUUUACCCACCCCCCUUAUUGUCUUCUUUUCUCUUGACACUCUGACGUAUCGUAUUUUUACCAUCCAUUAUGCUUUCAUUCCGUUUUCUUUUUCCACAAAAAAAGUUUGUCAAUCCCACUUGGAAAAAUCCAUUAUCAGCACCCAAUCCAAAAUUACUGCCAAACCAUUUAUUCUAAUAUGCAUAUACCUCUUUCACUCUCUCUGUUGUAAAUACCUCCCGUUUUCGUUGUUUUUUUUUCUUUGUUUUAUGUAGUAGGCUUUCAUUCUAUUGAAGAACACAAAUUAUUUAUUUUUUGGUUGUAAAUCAGACAAAAACGAUUUAUUUUCGACCUUUCCAUAAUUAAUUUCGCCGUGUGUUUCGGUAAAUGUUCUUUACCGAAUAACAUUACUGGUCAUUGAUUGUUGCGUUUUCUAAAU